ACUAUGGCGGGCCUCUCGAAUAAGCGAACCAUAAAGAAACGUUUCAACUUUAUGUUGUCGUCUUUCGACGCGGAGGAGAAAGAGAAAUUGUCGCAGUGGAUUAGAGAGCUUGGAGGAACGUACCAUGACUCUCCUAACUUUGUGAGGAGUUGCACACAUAUUGUUUGUGGAAAACCAAAUCGAGGUGAAAAAUUUCUUUGCGGCUGUGUAUCAGGCAAGUGGAUUUUAAGGAGACAGUAUAUAGAGGACAGCAUGAAGGCUGGGAAAUGGUUAGAUGAACAUUUAUAUGAGUGGAAUGAGCAGUGUGCUGUUGAGGGAAUCUCUGCCUCUCAUAUUUCAUCACCUUCUCGUUGGAGAAAACUUCUGCAACAAAACAUUCCAAGCCCUUUUGAGGGUUGGAAAGCAUUGGUAGUUGUUGCAGUUGCUAAGAAAAGAGCUGCUUACAAGAGGUUGUUAGAGGUUGGUGGUGCUACAACUGUUGGUGGAAAGCCACCAUACUCUGCUAGUCUUGCAUCAAAGAUAACACAUAUCUUUGUGGAAAAAGCACUUGAGCAGGAUGUUCAAGCUCUUCAGAGUGUUGGAGUACAAUGUCUGUCUCCUGAUUAUAUUCCAGAAUUAAUACUUCAGGAUCCUCCUCCUUCUACUGCUGAAUAUUUAAUCUCAGCCUACAAUUCACCUUUAAGCCAACCAGUCAUUAAACUACAAAGAGUUCCUAGCAGGUCCAAGAAAACUCCAGUGUUGAGCAGUCUUGACAGUGCAGUUAAUGGUCAUGUUCAUGUGCAAUCCAGGAUAAGGAAAGAGAGUAACACUAGCAUGCCACCUUUAAAAAUAUCAAAGGCAACCUUUGGCGUUGGAAAAGAGAAUGAACCUGUGCUGUCUUCCAAGAAGUCAAAAGUGUCCUCUUGUUUUGAAGAAGAAAACAAGGUGAAAAAAACUUCUAAAGUGACACAGGCAUUGCACCCUUGUGUCCAAAAGGAGAAUGACCAGGCACAACUGCCAACACGGAAAAGGUCCAAACCAUCUGCUGAAGUUUCCUGUUCUUCAGAGUCACCAAACAAAAAACAGAAACAGGAAAACUGGGCAGGGCUCAUUAAUUGUGUGGAGAGGUGGAGAGCAGUGUCAAGCUUAAUGGUCAACUCUAAGACACAUAAAGGAAGUGCUAGAAGUGAGUUUCCAGCUUAUAUCCGAGAUUCAAUAGAUGGAUAUCUGGAAGAGUCCCAUAAAUCCACAGUGUUAGAUGUGAUUGGUUCUUUUGUGAAUUCCAAGAGGUACCCUCCCCUGCAGAUUCUUCAUACGAUCAUACAAAGCCUGCUGGUUAAAUCUCCAUCCAAUGCCCUGGCCAUCAAAGCUCACCAUCUACUUCAACGUAUUCUCACUGUCCACACCCCCUCCCAAACCUCUUCACUGUACCACUCUGUACUCGGCUUUUACGCUGAUGGCGAUGGGAUGUCAGAUGAGAGAGGAGACAGUUGGGAAUUUAUGAAAACAGUCUACAGUGACAACGAUGACAACAGCCGUCUUUUACGGAGAUUUGCGACCACUCUGCUAGAGAAAGAUUUUAACGAGCGGAUAAAUGGGACUUUGGUCACUCCUAGAGACAAAUUAGACCGUCUGAAACAAUCCCUUCUUUGGAAAGUGUUUUGGCCGGGGUCGUCCUCAGUCUCCUUCAACAUUCGACUGCGUGAGCUCUUCAGGGUGACGUGGACUGCAGCUUGCUCAUCACGUGACAAACCCUUCCAGAUUGCGACUUUGCUCUCACUUCAAAGUCUCGUUGCCAUGGCAGCUCGAUGCUUUAUUUUCUCUGAUGUCGUUUCUAUGAAGUGUAACGAAGACGAGCUAGGCACCAGGUUAAGUGAACGCUCGAGAACUUUUGUGACCGAGCUUUUCCUGGUCUUUGAAAACGGAAACGAGGCUGCAUUGAGGCGAGUUUUGGAGACGUGUAGUCCCACGUGGAUUCGAAUGCAAGUGACUGACAUGCUACUGGUUAACUACAAUGAUCACUUAGUACCCCUGGAGAGACGCCACCUGAAUACCAAGGGCUUAUCACUUGAGAAAAUAGUUUCCAACUAUUUCUUCCUGUUACCUGAGGCUACCUCUGCAAGUACCGACUCAAUCCCAGGAUCUACUCCUGUAAAUGGAACUUCAUGUAAACGAACUCCACCUCAAGCCAUUGGGAGUGCAAGCAAUCGUAAAGUGAGAGACAUAAACCGUCGAAACCCAAAGGGUGAGUCCGAUCUUCAGUCAAGUUGCAUCAGGAAUGAUGUGGUCAAAGUAAAGCAGCUUCUGGCGCAAGGCGCAGACGCCAACCUUCAGGACUAUGCAGGAUGGACAGCACUGCACGAGGCUUGUAAUCAUGGAUUUGCAGACUGUGUUCAAGAGUUGCUGAAGGCAAGACAGCUGGUGUAUGAAAUGAAACCCGGACACGAUCCAAGCAAGGUACUUAACUUGCUGUUAGCUCCUCCAUGCGGGACAACACCGUUACAUGAUGCAGUGGGAAAUGGUCACCAGCAAGUUGUGGAGCUUCUGGUCAGAGCAGGAGGUUUACCUUUACUGCAAGCAGAAAAUGCCCAGGAUGAAAAACCAGUCGACUUAGCAGCUAAAGAUGAAAUAAAGGAAUUUUUACAAACCAUGGAAUUGGACUUUAGAAGAAGGGAGAGUAGCUGCGUCACAGCUAUUCGUCCAUACGAGGAAUGUUACCGAGCAGUAUUAGGAAAGGGACGACACUCCAGUAGGCGUGUAUCCACUGCAGAAUAUGAGCAAUAUCUGUUGAUCCUUUCCCAUCUGGUGCAGUCGUAUUUCCGUGCUACAAGAGCACGGACUGCUUUUGCUUGUGACGAGCAACUUUGGCUGAACUUCGGUGAACACUGCGAUAAUCUGGAAGCUCAUGUUACCAGGAUCGCCGCAGACAGGCGUCUCUCCUCCCUUGCGUCCGUCCGAAUCCAAGCCAUGAGGAUGCUAGGGGGGUCGUAACCAGGAGAACAUCUUGAUUUUGAUUAUACUGGAAAAGCAAUGUCCAAAGAAUUAAACUUCUUCAAUUAGAUUUUUAUCAAUGUGGAUGUUACGCGUACGGUAUAAAACAUUUUUAUUCGUCGCUCUCUCUGCCCAAGACAUUAAAAAUCUUUCUUGUAAA